GAAGUCUUUGCUGAACAUGUAACAUCGUAGUCAGGUGGGAUUGGUUAGAUUGCGUGUCUAUCUUUCUGCCUUUUCCUUACAGUGUCUGGAAUUUAAAAUGAAACCACUACAUGUCAGACGGUGAAAAUUGAGCGCAGGUUAAAGGAAGCGGUUCUCCAGUGAGCGAGCAGAACAUAUCGGUGUCAAAAGAUAACUAAUAAUGCAGGCGGGGCUAAGUGAAAGUGAGCAGGCAACGGGCAUUAUUUCUCGAGCGACUGCCCUUACGGAUGUAGACUCCGAGGCAGAGUCCCACUUGGACGGACGUUCAGAAGAGGUGGACAAGGAAACCAGGAGCCGGGCUUACACUUGGUGUAAGGAAUUUCUCGCUGGGUCCUGGAAGCUCAUCUCUGAGAACGAUUUUGAGAUCGACAUUGUCAGUGGAGGAUUAAGUAAUCUGCUGUACGUGUGCUCUCUGCCAGAGCACGUUCUAAGUGUUGGAGAUGAACCUCGCCAAGUGCUUCUCAGAAUUUAUGGAGCCAUUUUGCAAGAUGUUGAUUCCAUUGUGCUAGAGAGUGUGAUGUUUGCUAUUUUGGCAGAGCGAGCACUGGGUCCACGGUUGUAUGGAGUAUUUCCACAGGGACGGUUAGAACAAUACAUUCCAAGCAGACGGUUGAUGACACAUGAGCUAAGUAUCCCUGAGAUUUCAGCGGAGAUUGCUGAAAAGAUGUCUCGAUUCCAUGGAAUGGUUAUGCCCUUCAACAAGGAACCAAAAUGGCUUUUUCGGACCAUAGAAAGAUACAUGAAGCAAAUUAUGACAUUGAAAUUCACAAGGGAAGCCCAUAUUAAAAAAUUUAACAAACUGAUGAAGUACAAUCUACAAGAUGAAAUGAAAAUCCUACGAGCAAUGCUGGAGGCAACUCCCUCGCCAGUAGUAUUCUGUCAUAAUGAUGUUCAAGAAGGUAACAUUCUAAUGCUUGCAAACCAGGAUGUGAGCUCCAGUGAAAAGCUUAUGCUGAUAGAUUUUGAAUACAGUAGUUAUAAUUACAGAGGUUUUGAUAUUGGAAACCAUUUUUGCGAAUGGGUAUAUGACUAUACCUACAAUCAAUGGCCAUUUUUUAAAGCUAACCUAGAGAAUUACCCAAAUAGACAGCAACAGCUGCAUUUUAUUCGUCAUUAUCUAUCAGAAAAUGCGGUAAACAAUGCAAAUAUAGCACAUGAAGAUCAAGCAAAAAUUGAAGAAGAAAUGAUCAUAGAAUCAAAUAGAUUUGCGUUGGCUUCACAUUUUAUGUGGGGUUUAUGGUCUAUUAUACAGGCUAAAUUAUCGACUAUAGAGUUUGGGUACAUGGACUAUGCCCUGUGUCGAUUUGAGGCUUACUUCCAGCAGAAAGCUUUGUUUGCUUAGUCGUUUUGUCUUUUCAAGGAGGCCAGAUGAAAGACUAUUUGAGAUUGUAUUUCUCAGAGUAGCUUCUGUGUAUUCUGAUUCCAGCUAUCACCAUUUGCACAGUUUGUUUUAAUUUUUUUACGUUAAUUAUUUAUUUUAGACCUGUAAGUCCUUCAAAAAAUGGUGCCUACAUAAAGUAAGUCACUAUAACCUUUGCUGAAACAGUGAAGGCCAAAUGUCUACCAAAGAAAGAUGGUAAACACAGAAAGAGAGGGCAAAAAUAGGCUCAUUUAUUACAAUUGUCUAUACCAGCAUUUUGUUUAGAGUAAUUUAUUAUUCAGCAUAAAAAUUGCAAUGCAAUUCUGAAUAUUCACCUCCAUUUUAUUCAAGAAAUGGGAACAAAUGUUAGAGAACAGUAGGUCCGUGUUAGUGUCUAGAAAUGUCAAGUCAAGAUCUUCAUUUGGGAUAUACUGUUUUGCUACCUGAUACUAUGGCGCUUCAUCUAAAGGGUUCAUUUUCUGUAGGAAAGAGACAAACAUCCAGGGGGUAGCAAAUAUCAUGUGUAAAGAUGCUACUCUGGUUUAUUAAUACAUUUUCCACCCCUUUUUAUUUUUUGCUGUCAAAAUUAAAUUAUUACAAGUAUAUUAAUGUACGGUCAAAGGUAACGGUAAAUGAAUGUAUUGAUAGACUUUUACAUUUUUUUUUAAACGUGCAAUAUAUAUGUUAAAUUACCAUGACCACAAUACAAGUGCAGACUAUGACAGUAUACAGUAGAGUAAAUCCUGUCAUUAUCAUCAACAUUUUCUUAAAGCAUUUCAGAAUUAUAAAGCAAACAGCAGGAGACUAGAAAUACUUUGCUUGUAUGUGACAAUAUUUAGUUACGAUUUGUUUUUUUCCAAAGCUAUUUAUUAGUUUUUUUUAUGCAGGUUCCGGUGGUACACUUCACAAAUUAUUAGGCCCAAGGCAAAUGGCAUUGCUUCCACACACAACUGCACACUCGAGGCACCACUAUGACAUCUCUUGUCAUGUGAAUACCACAUGAAACAAUCUAAACACAUUAAUAAAAUAAUUCUAAAAUUACAAUAAAAUCAUCAAAAAAUCAAUAAAAUGAUAAAAAUGCAUUUAACAGGACUAUGAAGCACCUUGUUAAUGCUGGCAGCUUAUUCCUUGAGCUAAGACUACUGCACUCUCUUCAGCUCGUCACAUUUGUUUAACCCCCAACUGCUGACUACCCGAAAUGAGUGCUGUUGGACGCUACGUAUCUUGCUGCUGGAUGUCUUGGGCAGCCGGCAGGACCCAUUCAGAAACCUUUGACUAAUCAACAGACUCCUUGAGGCCUGCAGCACAUUCUUGUCAAUGACCCUGAUUAUUAUAAGAUGAUAGAUAAAGAGUCUCGUUAUGGAACAAAUGAACGCUCAUAAGGCCAAUAGCCAGGCUCAUUUUGUUGAUUUGUGAGCAUAAGUUACUUGUAAGUUUAGACUAAUUCCAGAAUUAAAAAUAGGUAUGUUCUUAGAACUCCACCAUUUCCCAACAUACUGAUGAAAUUAGAGUCUUGUAGAGUAAAACUGAAACACUUAAAAAUCAAAGCUGGUAGAAAAGGAAGACGGGGACCGUUGAAAUUAUUUUUUUUGGUCCAGAGCAUGGAUGAGAUGAUUUCCAACAUUGAAAAGGCCCACAGAAAGUAUCAAUGUGAUCAAUUCCUGUGCUCUCAUCAUCCAGUUUUUAAGAUGUGCUAAUAGCUGUAUGACAAUUAAAGUUUUACAAAGAGACCUUUACUACAGCAUACUGACAUCCUUGAAAAGCAAGCCUAUAAAUACAGUUGUGAAGAAAGUAAAAGAUGUUGGGCUGUAUACAUUUAUGUUGUACCCAUCAUCUCUUAAACAUCGACUGGUAGGCACCUGCUGUUUCUUCAGUUCUCCAGCAGAUGUGCUUUGAGUGGCUGAGGUCUUUUCCCAUUUAAUGAUUGUUCAGUCUGGUUUGUCAAGACUCUCCACAAGGAAAUCCUAUAGUGACCGUGCUUACUAAUCGAGGUUCUUAACUCUCCUCCUUGUAACUAGUAUUGCAAAUUUGCAAAUAGUUCAUGGUUUUAGUUUUGGACUUUGAUAAAUUCUGUUUCCACCAUUGAUUGAUUGAUUUUUUUUUUAAAUUUGAAUUUCUUCCGUAGUCAUGGAAUAUUCUUUAUUUUCUCCAUGUCGUAAAUCCCAGUUACAAAUUGGUUAUGUAUUUGCCAAGCAAAGGUCUCACUUAUUCUAUUUCUCCCACCCUUCAUCCUGUCAGAUCAGAAGAUUGUUCUUCUCAAAAUCCAUAAUCCUCACUUGCAGACCCAAGCCAGCAGAUGGAGAUUAUAUUUUUAUAAAAUAAUUCAGUGAUCAGUUAUCCAUGAAACAAAAUGAACAGUCACACUUCUGGUUUUGUGCCUCCAUCUCCCCCCCACACAAAGAUGCCAUGCCUCCUAUCCUGUGUUCUCAUUGAUUUAAGCUAGUGACAUUAACAAAUUACUUAUUCAGCAUAUUAGAUGGCACUGGACCAAAUGUGCUUAUAAUCCCAGGCGCAACAUAUUGCUGUUACAUAUUAAUUGUUUUUCAUCCCAAAAAGAAAAAGUGCUAAACAUCUGACACAAGUCCACACACAUCAUGCUUGCUGCCACACCAGUUGCCAGUAGUGUAUAUCCAUAAUAAAAGUUGAUCUUUUAUUAAUUUGUCAACAUAUACUGUAACUAAAUUAUGUUCAAUACUGAACAGAAUUUAUUUUUAACUUUAAAAGGAACGCUAAAGAAAUUCAGAUUACAGUUCCUGAAAGUUAGUAGCAAAAUGUUUUCAACUGCGAAUCAUCAAUUCAUUCCAUAACAACAUUCCUUUUGACUAGAAUAGUAGUCGGUAGAAUUCAGAUUACUCCACAGUCUCAAACUCUAAUUUGCAUGUCCUAUGGACCUUUAACCAGAUCCUGAUGAAAUAAAGGAGAUUCUACAGAGGAAAAACAUUUUCAUAUGUGCAACAAUAACCACAUUAAGAAGCUUUGUAAAGUCUUUCAAGCAUUUAAUUUCUUGGUUGUUAGUUAGAAAUGCUUUUCUGGUUGUUUCAUGUUCUCUGUCAGAUGAGAUUGAGAGCUGUGGCUUUGUUACCUGACCUGUUGGGUGAGGAACUUGACCUGGGCUGCCUAGAUGAGCUUGGCUUUUCUUACAGUAUACCAGGGUUCUUCCGAAUUAUUUUUCAAAAUAUUUUUUGUCAUUUUAGAGACGUGUAAAUUGAUUACUUCUCAUUAUGGCCUUGCUCCUUCUCCGCAUGUCGACACCAACAGUUUACCAGCUUCUAAAUGCUUUUCAUUUGGAUUGGGCAAUAGACCUGCAAUGCUUGUUUCACCUUAUCACCUGCAAGUUGACAGUCAUUCUUCAUUGUAAAGCGAUUUCCUCUGUCAUUUGCUUUUCUCUUCGGUGGUUGAUGCUUAUGGUUGUCCUGAGUGGUCUGCAUCCUUUACACAUCUUCAUCUUGUUUUGAAUGUUUCCAUUCACUUUUAUAUACACUCACCGGCCACUGUAUUAGGUACGCCUGUUCAACUGCUUGUAAACCUAAGUACCUAAUUAGCCAAUCAGAUGGCAGCAAUUCAGUGCAUUUAGCCAUGUAGACAUUGUCAAGAUGACCUGCUGAAGUUCAAACCGAGCAUUGGAAUGGGGAAGAAAGUUGAUUUAAGUGAUUUUGAACAUGGUAGGGUUGUUGGUGCCAGACGGACUGUUCUGAGGUUUCAGAAACUGCUGAUCUACUGGGAUAUUUAUGCACAAGCAUCUAUAGGAUUUAUUGAGAAUGGUCAGAUUUAAAAGUGAGUGGCAGUUCUCUGAGCGAAAAAUGCCUUAUUGAUGCCAGAGGUCAGAGGAGAAUGGCCAGACUGGUUUGAGCUAAAAGAAAAGUAACAGUAACUCAAAUAACCACUCAUUACAAAGGAGGUAUGCAGAAGAACAUCUCAACAUGUUGAACCUUAAAGCAGAUGGGCCACAGCAAAAAGAGAGCAACACCGGGUGCCACUUCUGUCAGCUAAGAACAAGCAACUCAGGCUGCAAUUUACACAGGCUCACCAAAAUUGGACAAUAGAAAAAUAGAAAAACAUUGCUCGAGUCUCGAUUACUGCUGCUACAUUCGGAUAGUAAGAAUUUGGGGUCAACAACAUGAAAGUAUGGAUCCAUCCUGGUGAUGUAGGUAUAAUGAUGUGAGGGAUAUUUUCUUGGCACACUUUGAGCCCCUUAGUGCCAGAUUGAGCAUCACUUAAAUGCCAUAGCCUACCUGAUUGUUGUUGCUGACUAUGUCAAUCCCUUUAUGACUCAAAUGUACCCAUCUUCUGAUGGCUACUUCCAGGAUAAUGCACCAUGUCACAAAGCUCAAAUCAUCCCACAUUGUUUUUUUAGACAUGGCAAUGAGUUCACUGUACUCAAAUGGCCUCCACAGUCACCAGAUCUCAAUCCCAUAGAGCACCUUCGGGAUGUGGUGAAUAGGAGAUUCACAUCAUGGAUGUGCAGCCGACAAAUCUGCAGCAACUACGUGAUGCUGUCAUAUCAGUAUGGACCAAAAUCCCUGACAAAUGU